CCCAAUGCGAAACAGCCCUGUCUAAGCAAUUUAUUUCGACGCGACGCGAGUGGAGAAAAACAAUAAAGUUUUUUUGUUAAAUCGAGUUUAAUCGUUUCCGGUUAGCAGUUAAUCCGUUGGGAAGGACACCAGCCGGAACGAGCGCCACCAAAUGAGCAACUCGUGAACAAUGGCGUUGAACAAGAGGAACAGCUCGCACUCGGACGCAGUUUCGGGCGCCGAGGUGGACUACAAGUUUUUGUGUCGCUGCUGUUUGAAGACAAACGCUGAGUACCUCAAACUGGACUCGGUGGCGAUGGCGCGUAGCCUUGAUCCCGCGGAUGCUGGGGACAAGAUCCCGCUUAUUCGCUGCCUGCUCUUCUGCGUGGGAGCCGAAAAUCCGCCGGAGCUUCCGCAGUACAUCUGCGUUGAGUGCAGCAAGAGCCUGCAGGUGGCCUACUAUUUCCUGAAGAACGCACUGCGUGCCCACGAGAUACUGUGCAGGAAGCUGGUCCCGAAGUCUCAGAGGCGACUAAAUGGAUCCUUUGGUCUGGAGUCAGAGAAGAGGCAUACCAAGCCAGUCCCACAGGAGCAGGACGAGGAGGAGACAAAACCACUGAAGACCAUGCGGCACGAGUGCCAGGUGUGUGGAGUGGUAGUCUACAAUCGCCUGGAGCUUAAGCAGCACAUCCGCCAGCAUGCAGGUACAGAGGGUAUCUCGUACAACUGCCAAUAUUGCAUCUUCACCACACUGAAACAACGCUUGCUGCUGGAACACUAUGUCACACUUCAUGGGCUGUCCAUUAGCCAGGCGGACGACCAUAUCAAAUCGAAAAAAUCGCAAGCACCCAAUAGCGAAGAGCCCAAGGCGGUGUGCACGCUGGAGGACAUGGAGCUGCUGAUACCCACUGUUCUAGCCCCAGAUGACUACGUGCAGCAGCAGUCGCAGAUCGAUUCAGACCAGCUGCGGGACAUCGAGCAGCAGCUGGCCGUCAGCAUGGGUGAGGCGGGGCCGGGAGUGGACACCCUCACCUCCACCCUGCCGCCUAUGGAUACCCCCAAUGUUAGCAUCGGCACCGAGUACCUCGUCCUGCCCGAUGGCUCUUUGCAGCAGGUCAACGGAAGCGGCGUGGUCAUAGAGUAUAUUGACGAUAGCAAGCCGAACAAUCACCCCAAUGUAAAUAUUAGCCUACAAAAUCUUCUAUCCGGCGAUGACCCUAGCGAGCCAAUGGAUAUUGAUGUUAGCGAGCUGAUCGUGGAGGAAGUAAUGCCGCAGAUAAGAGUCAAGCCAAAGCCAGUCGUUGGCGGAUCGCCCAUUUACAAGCACAAGUGCAAGCUGUGUCCCAAAACAUUUUCAACAGUGGCGCGACUAAAAUCUCACCAGUUGACCCACAGCAAUUUGCCCAAGUUCUUUUGCGACCAGUGCGAUUUCUACUCGCUGCGCAGCUCCGAUCUCAUCCAGCACUACAAAAUGGUUCACCAUCGGUCUAAUGAGAGCGGAAAGAGCCAGAAGGACCCGGCGCCGGGGGAAGAGUCGGGCGUCUACUCAUGCGACAUGUGCCUCUUCGAGACGCGCACCCCCAGUCAGCUGAGAGUCCAUUACAAGGAGCGGCACACGGUCCAGCCCACAGAGGUGCAGCUGCGUCCCAGCUGGACCAGCGAUGUGGGAGCCAGCACUGUUCAAGCGUCACCGAAUGUAGCCAGGAAAUCAGACAACGACAUCCCAGUGGGCAUUAAAUAUCUUCCAGUUGUUGCAGAUCCGCCAAUCGAUUCAGAUCCGAUAGUUGUUGUAGAUCCGCCAAUUGUUUCGGAAACGCAGGUAGAAGAGCAGCAGCCAGCGGUCAUGUCCACCACAACAUCAACGCCUAUCACGCAAACAGGCGAAAUCAACAUGGUAGUGGAUGCCACGCCGCUCUUCUAUGCGCCAACUUCCAGUGCGACGGUCGUUACACAAUCGGUUCCAGUGACAACAGUAGGGGAAUGCACAGGCGGAACCGACAGCAAAGCAUUUGGAAUCUUUCCGGAGAUCUCACAGACCAAUCUUCCAGCGAACGAAUCCGUUCAGCAAACGCCAUCCGCCAAUACGUCUAACAUCUCGAUGUUUGGCGACAUGCAGGAUUUCAUUGACAACACCGAUGUGGCUGCGAUAUGCACCAUUCCCGCGGAUGAUAUGCCCGUGGUAGAUGGCGAUGAUAUUGUGAUCGAUAAUAACAAUAUCAGUAUUGAUUUUGAUGCCGAGAAUCUGUUCGAGGACUUUGAGGAGGAGGACGAUGCGGUGGGCGAAGAGGAGGAGGAAGAAGAGGAAGACGCCGACAACGAUGACGAGAAUGACAACAAUGAUGCUGCCACUGAUCAGAAUCUGCUAUUAACUAGCGACGAUGAUGAUGUGGACGACUUUGAUGACGAGCAAUCGAAGCAUCUACAGAAGCCUUAUUGCAUUUACUGCAACAAGAAGUUUACAAGCCAGUAUAAAUUCGAGAAUCACAUGUUUGUCCAUCGGGGCUUAGCACCCUAUCGCUGCGAGCUGUGCACCAAUCUCUACAACAUGAAGCGACUGUUGAUUAGGCAUUACAAAACCGUGCACAAACGAAUGCCAACAAGGGACAUGGUCCAGGCCAAGGGCGAUAAAGUUUGCGUUGCACGUACCAACAUUGAGAAGCUCUGUAUGGACAAGAUCAAGAAACCCAUGCUCAUGUGCGCUAAAUGUCCGUUCGAGUGCGAAUCGGAUGCUGAUAUGCGGAAGCAUUUGAAUGCCCACCACGGCAUCAAUGAUGGUGUGUCAGUGCAUGCCAAUGAGGUGUUUAUUAUACGCAAACUACCCUUCGAGUGCCCACGCUGCAUUCGAUCGUUUGCGGCUAAGAGCACUCUUAGCCGCCACUUACAGCGCAGUCACUUGGUAGACACAAUUAUUGAGAUGCAAACGCCGCAUUCGGCUGCCACCACCACAUCCAGGGCGUCAAGCUCCGGGACAGAGAACCCGGGUGUAGAGGAUGGCAAACAUAAUGAGAUGAUGCAGACGGACGGUGGGGCUGAGAGAAUAGCGUCGGCUGCCUUAGCUAGCAAUGGCGGUGGCAAUGAAGGAGCAGGCAGAGAAGAUGGAGCAGCAAGAAAAAUGGAAUCGGCAGUGCCAGAGGAAGAACUUGAUCCAGUGACAUUGGACGCAGCCACAGCGGUGACGACAACAGCAAUUGCAGCAGCAAUAACAGCGGCAGCAGCAGCAAUAACAGCGGCAACUACAUCCUCCGGAUCACCCAUCACAACCACAACCUCAUCGUCAACCAACCUCUUUCCCACACCCACACCAUUUGAUUUCGAUUAUGACUUCAUGGGGGAAUCCACCCAGCGAUUAACUCCCAAUCCCCAUGCCAUUUCCAAAGCCACCAGCACGGAUGCCUCGUCCGCUAACGGGAGCGACAAACUGUUGUCAGCCGCCGCCAUGGCUGCAUCGCCUGCGAAGGGUCUGCGCUCAAUGUCUCGGUUGCCCCGCGGUCCCAUUUACAUCUGCAAGCUGUGCAGCAAGGCCUUCGACGAGUUGGGCAAGUUGGUCAAGCACGAGAUGGAGAUGCACUCCAAUACGGAAAGAGCGCGUUGGGGCUACCAGCACAAGUGUGCCAUUUGUAAUACCUCCUACCGCACGUUGACGCUGCUUAAGUUUCACAUGAAACGGCAUGCCCAUCGGAAGCCUUGCAAUUUGUGCCCCAAAACCUUUGUGACGAACGCGGAGCUGGAGCGGCAUACGAAGAGCAAACACAGCAAAGAGAAGACGAUACGUUGUUCGUACGAUGGCUGCCGGAAGAUGUUCGCCUUUAAGCAUCACAUGGUUCGUCAUCAGAACGCCUCCCAUCAGACCCCACGGUAUAAUUGCCUUGUUUGCAACAAGGAACUAUUGAAUAGUAUGCAUCUGCGGAAUCACAUGAGCGAGCACAAGGACACGGUGUCAUACCAGUGUCCAAAGUGCGAUCGCACAUAUUUGCGGCGUGGCAGACUGCAAACCCAUGUCCUCAAGAUUCACAACAUCCGUCUGACCGGCGAAGAGAUGGCUGCCAUUACUGCAAACGGUAAAAUAUAUACCAAUCCGGAUGACCUUAAGGUAGAAACCGACGGGGGGCAACUUACAAGUCGUAAGGAUCUGGACGCCGAAGAUGAAAUCAGAGACGAGACCGCCGCUGCAGCCGAUAAUUCCAAGUAGUUCCAAUUAAUGCUCUCAUCAAUCAAGCAAAGUAAUCGCACAAUGUACAAAGUUUGAUAUAGUCUAAGUCUGUUUCUCAUCCUCAUUUUAGCACAUCUAAUGUCUUGAAGAUUUUAAUUUUAAGUUGUAGAUUAUGCGCAGUAAACUUAAUUUCUCAUGCUACAUAA